GUCGCGCGGGCGGCGCUGGGCGCGGCGUGCGCGGUGGUGGCGGUGGCGAUGACGGCGGCGACGGCGGAGGCGCGGAUCGCGACGUACGAGGUGUCCAAGGACGAUAGGAGCUUGAUUUUACUGCGCGAACCGUUCGGGUUCGCGGUGGGGGGGACGAUGGAGAUCGCGCUGAAAGAAUCGCGCGUGUACCUGCCCGAACACGCGCCGCCGCUGGAUAAGACAAAGCUCGGGUUUUUCAUCACCGAGGCCAAGGACGAGGGCGCGCUCGACGCCGCGCUCGAGGACGGGGCGUGCGUGUUGGACGUGGAUUUCGUCGAUCAGGCGUUCACGUUCGCGGAUAUGGACGCGCAGUUGAAGAAGGGUGAGCGGGAGGUGAGUUCGUACGAGUUCAUGAAGGAGAUAAAGGUGCCGGGGGAUUACAUGCUGUUUUUCGCCAGCUGCGCGCCGCACACGGUGGUGUCGUUUGAGAUCACGACGACGUUUGCGAAUAAAGACGCCAGGGGGCGUAAUGAUUACUUGGGAGCGGGCGAGAAGUCGUUACCGAGCGUGUAUUACUUGUUCUUUUUGUUGGACACGUGCGCGGCCGUGGCGUGGGCGUUCAUUCUCGGUCGAGCGAACGGGCAGCGCGGCGUGCGAAAGAUUCACUGGCUCAUGCUCGCGCUCGUGUGUUUCAAGACGCUCUCCGUGCUCGCGCAGGCGGGGCGGUAUCACAUCACGCGACUCACUGGGUCAUCGCGUGGAUGGACGGCGGCGUACUACGUCUUCACCGUCUGUCGGUCGAUGCUCAUGUUUAGCGUCAUCGCCCUCGUGGGCAUGGGGUGGAGCUUCUUGAAGCCGUUUUUGCACCAGCGCGAGAAGAAUUUGCUCAUGGCCGUGAUCCCGCUCCAAGUGCUGGCCAACAUAGCCGCGGUCGUGAUAGGCGAAGAAGGUCCCGCCGAUCAAGGCUGGUUCGCGUGGCAAAACAUGUUCAUCGUCAUCGACAUCAUGUGCUGCUGCGCCGUGUUGGUGCCGAUUGUGUGGAGCAUCAAGCACUUGCGCGACACCUCGGAUUCGAGCGAGAAGAAGGCGAGGAAUUUGGAAAAGCUGUUACUGUUCCGUCACUUUUACGUCAUGACCGUGGCGUACAUCUACUUCACUCGCAUCAUCGUCUACUUGCUCAAGUCCACGGUGGAGUACGAGUUGCGCUGGACGGCGGCGUUUUUCAACGAGCUCGCGACGCUGGCGUACUACGUCGCCACGGGCUACAUGUUCAGACCGGAGGAAGAAAACAUGUACUUUUCGCUCAAACACGACGAAGACGAGGACGGGGUAGAGAUGAGCGACAGGGCUCGUUGGGGGGACGCGGUGUAGCGCGGCGAGUCGCUGCUUUCGUGCGUAGUCGAUUUAAUU